AAUUCGGACACGGGACCAAAACAGUGCGGUAGUGUCACGCUUUUGGGUUUCAUGUGUUUCCUCCUAAUUUCCUAUUUUCUCUUCAAUUAUUCGUCAUGACAGACUACAAGGAAGAACAGAAUAACGAAAUUGAGGCCCUGGAGUCCAUAUAUCCAGAAGAAUUUGAGAUAAUUGAUAUAGAACCAAGGCACAAGUUCAGAAUUACUGUCAAAUCCGAAGGCUCUGAUCCAUAUGAUGAGAUUCAGACGUUACCAGCAACUAUUAUCCUCAACUUUGAAUACACUCCAACGUAUCCAGAUGAACCCCCAGUCAUGGAAGUCACAGCUGUUGAAAACAUAGAAGAGGAAGAGCUGGAUGAUUUAAGAACGAAACUUAACGAGCAGUGUGAGGAGAACCUGGGGAUGGUUAUGGUGUUCACGCUUGUCUCAUACUCAUUGGAGUGGCUCACCACACACAUGGAAGGCAUUGCUCUCAGCACCAAAGAAGAAUUGGAUCGCAAGAAGAAAGAGCAGGAAGAGAUAGAUCGGAAAAAGUUUGAAGGUACCAGAGUGACUGUAGAAACGUUUCUUGCUUGGAAAGCGAAGUUUGAUACGGAGAUGCAAGCACUCCGAUCUGAGAAAGACAGGGAGGAUGAGAAGAACAAAAAACCAACGGGUAGAGAGCUCUUCAUGAAGGACGUCACUUUGAAUGAGUCGGAUCUUAGCUUCCUUGGUGAAGGAGAAGGUGAGGUGACUGUUGAUGAGAGUUUAUUCCAAGACCUGGAUGACUUAGACCUCGAGGAUGAAGAUGACGAGGAUUAUGUUCCAGGAGCGGAUGAUGACAUAUCUGAUUAGAAACUUUAAAUAAAUAUCAUUUCAUUAUCAUAUCUUUUUUUUCUCUCUCACUCUCGUGGUUUCCCAUCAUGAAUUUGUUUUAGUCAUGGAUACUGGCUCAUGAAUUUUUUUUUUUUCUUUCUUUCUUUCUUUUUUUUAUACAUCCGUUUUUGCAGAAGAUGUCUCUUCAAAUGUAAUGUUUGUUUGUGUUUCUUAUUAGCUAAAAUUAGCCCUCUUAUUUAUUUGGAAAAGUUGUUUUGAUAAUGCAUUUGUAAAUAAAACAUUUAACAAAAAUGGAGAUUACUUCAGUUGUUUCAGAGGUUAUUUAGUUGGGGAGUGUCACCGAAAUUAUUAUCUUUGUUUAUUUGUUUUACAUACAGAAUUAGAUCAUGCAAAUAGACAGUUGCUUAUAAAGACCAUUUUUUUAUUUUUGUUUCAUUCACCAUGAUUGUUAUUUUUAUACAGUUUAAACCAUUUGUAUCAAGUUGUUUUUACUUAGAUUUCAUCAAUAGAGGAGUCAGUAUGAUGCAUUAGCCCUCAAUAAAAUGUUAAAUCUGU